UCAAAAUGGAGCUUCGGUUUGACCAACCAGUUUUAAAUGUCCAGCCGAUUGACCUGUCUUUCAGCGAUGAACCACAUGAGGGGGUGCCAGGCAACAGAAUUGAGAUCAGCAUGGAUGUGGUACGCAUGCAAGAUAUGGAACCCUUGGACCCAAUGUGGUACACAAACCUGGGGCUCCUUAACAGCAUGGAGCAGCAGAUACAGAAUGGAUCUUCAUCCACCAGUCCCUAUAACAACGAUCACACCCCCAACGUCACGGCACCCUCACCAUAUGCUCAGCCCAGCUCCACCUUUGAGACACUGUCUCCAUCGCCAGCCAUCCCCUCUAACACAGAUUAUCCAGGUCCACAUGGCUUUGACGUUUCAUUCCAACAGUCCAGCACUGCAAAGUCUGCAACAUGGACGUAUUCUCCAGAAUUGAAGAAAUUGUACUGUCAGAUUGCCAAGACAUGUCCCAUUCAGAUCAAAGUGAUGACACAGCCACCACAAGGAGCUGUGAUCCGGGCCAUGCCAGUGUACAAGAAGGCAGAGCAUGUCACUGAAGUGGUGAAACGAUGCCCAAAUCAUGAGCUCAGUCGAGAGUUCAAUGAUGGUCAAGUGGCCCCACCAAGCCACCUAAUCCGAGUGGAGGGAAGCAGCCAUGCCCAGUAUGUUGAGGACCCAAUUACUGGGAGGCAAAGUGUCAUGGUGCCUUACGAACCACCACAGGUUGGCACUGAGUUCACCACAAUCCUGUAUAACUUCAUGUGUAACAGCAGCUGUGUUGGAGGAAUGAACCGGCGUCCUAUUCUCAUCAUUGUCACCCUAGAAAACAGGGAUGGUCAGGUUCUUGGCCGGCGUUGCUUUGAAGCUCGUAUUUGCGCUUGUCCUGGCCGUGACCGCAAGGCAGAUGAAGACAGCAUACGCAAACAACAAGUGACAGAAGGAACAAAAGGUGUCGACACUAGCAAGCGGCUCCGUCAUGUGAAUCAGGGGAUCCAGGUAGCCUCAAUCACCAAUAAGAAACGACGACCUGGCGAUGAGGAGCUGUUUUAUUUGCCAAUAAGAGGACGAGAGACUUACGAAGUAUUGCUGAAAAUUAAAGAGUCACUGGAACUGAUGCAAUUACUGCCACAGCAUACGAUUGAAAACUACAGGCAACAACAGCAGCAUCUGCUGCAGAAACAGCCAUCAAUGCAAUCACAGCAGUCCUUUGGGCCCUCUGCCUCUCCAGUGAAUAAAAUGGCCACCAUGGGGAACAAGUUGCCAUCUGUCAGCCAGCUCAUCAGCCCACAGCGCAAUGCACUCACACAAGCCCCCAUGCCACCAGGAAGUAUGGUUCCUCAGAUGAUGAAUGUUCCAAUGCAGAUGAAUGGAGACAUGAACGGGUUGAGUCCUACGCAGGGAUUGCCUUCACCAAUGGCAUCGACUUCACAUUGCACACCGCCUCCGCCUUACCCGUCUGACAACAGUAUCUCCAGCUUUCUGACGAGAGCCGGCUGUGCGUCGUGUUUGGAGUAUUUCACCACCCAGGGAUUGAUGAACAUUUACCAGAUCGAGCAUUUUACCAUGGAUGAUCUCAUCAGCCUGAAGAUUCCUGAGCAGUAUCGACACGCCAUCUGGAAAGGAAUAUUGGACCACAGACAGAGCCUUGAUUUCUCAACCCCUCCCCAACUACUGCGGAACACAAGCAGUGCCUCUACUGCCAGUAUGGGCUCCCAGAACGAGACACGUGGUGAACGGGUAAUUGAUGCGGUCCGUUUCACCCUGCGCCAGACCAUCUCCUUCCCUCCCCGCGAUGAUUGGAAUGAUUUUGGAUUUGACGUGGAUGGACGCCGCAGCAAGCAGCGGAUCAAGGAGGAAGGGGAGUGAAGUGGUCUGGAACAACAAAUGCAUCAAACCACAAAAGACAAUGUUCCAAAAAUAUUGACUGAUGACAACAAUACGAGGGGACACUGUCAGAACAAAGUAUUUACACUUUGAGUAUUCUUUCUCGUAUUCAAAUUGGUUGCACUUAUCCAACUUUAUUUUGCCUUUAUUUUACUUUUUUGUUGUCUUAAGCCCAACUGCCCAUAUAUGGUAGCUGUAUCAAAGCUUAUAGGGUGCUUGAGGGGCUAUGUGGGAUUUGUAACUGCCAUAUUUAUGCAUCUGUUCCUGUUUAGAGAGGAUCAUUCUAAUCAAUGGUAUUGUUCGUGCAUCAAAAUUGCAAUUGCAUAAAGGUGUGCGAGUGCAAAUAGAUACAGACUAAGCAUGUGAGUGAGGAAGGCAGACAAUGGAGUUGUUGAGCCUCCUUCCUCACUCUAUUCUUGGUUAUCUUGCACUUCAAAAAUUACAUUUAAUAUUUCACAGCCAGGGCUGAGAUCAGGAGUGCUGCAAAAGUACUUACAUACACUGGAACAGUGGCUGGCAAUCUCUACGAGGAAGGGGAGCAAUCAUUGCUAUUGUUUGUUUUCUUUUAAUGAUGAUGACAGAGCAUCAACUAACAGCCAUGUAGUCUGUCACACAAAUUCAACUCCUGGAAAUGGGUCAAGGAGCCCUUUCUGAGAUUCAGUACUGCAAAAGUAGUUUUGUCUCUUAAAACAUUUGCUAGCAAAUGUGGCAUUUUCCUGUUCCUGCUUACCUGCGAUGCGUCCAGGUGGCUGAGUGGUGCGCCUCUCCCAUAGUGAUUCCAGGAAGCACUUGAUUAUGUGCAUGUGUAAGCUCAGUACUUGCAGGACAAGUAGAACUGCAAAUGUGAUCUCCUGUUGCUGACGUGUCCUGGAUCAUAGAAACCACAUGUCACUGCUGAAUGAAUGCAGCUGUCGGUUAGCUAAAGUCGGGAUGUCAACCCUUUCACGUACAAGCUGUGAUGUAUUAGCUCAUAAACACAACCUUGACUGACAAUUACAUUCUGAUGUUUGCUUUGAAUUUAAAGGGGCAAGCGGGAGAAAGAACUGCUUCGCGAUAAUCACUGAUAGCAAAUUUUAUACUGGUUCAGAAUUUUAUAUUGAGAUCCAUCUCAACUUCGUGCAUUUCAUUUGCAGGAUGUUGCAUGGUGUGAAACUACUGAUCCUGGUGGUGCUGGCCACGUUCUGAGGGAAUGCUGGAUUUGGUUAGUUUUUAUCUCCUCCUGGGCUGGGGGGAAGACCAUUCAGCAAUGUCAGUUGUAUGGGACAUGGGCUUUAAUCUGGACCUGAAGCCACUUCCUGGGUUUAUCCCUAAUCUGUUCACAAGUGUAAGAUAAUUCCCUUCUCCUAAGACUUAAGCUUUCACCAAUGACAGUUGGACCCUUGUGAGAAAAUUCAUAGCUUUACAGAAUAAGAGUGUAAAGCUGUGUGACACAUGAGAUGUUUAGGAUCUUUGUCAUAGGCACCAUUCUUACUGCCUCACUGAUAUCUGUUGUUUAUAAACAUCAGUGCAGCGUUCAUAUCAUAUAUGAUACUUUAAACACACGACAGUUAAAAAUUACACUGUUAUGUGUUUAAUAGCUCCCUAGAAAACUAUCCUGGAUAGUAGUGCCUUGAUAAAUGGGCUCUGUGAUUCAAAGACAGCCAGAGCUCCAGAUGGAAGAGCUAUCAGUGACUAUUAGUUUGUACCAUUGUCACCCAGUUAAAGAAGCAGCACAGACCAGCCCAGACAGCUGUUGUUUAGUGGAAGGGCAUGGGAAAAAGUAGGAUAAAUUGAGUUUGACUGAGAGCACCACUUGUAUCAUGACUUUAACACGCUGCAGCAUUCUGUUUCUCUACUUGAAUCUGGUUCUGGGGUAGCCUGUGUGUUACUGUAGGUGUACCCGUUUCACAUAUGAGUCCUAGAUUUCAACAUUUUGUUUUAUCUUCAUCUCUUGGUAUUUUGCUACAGUGACUGAGGCUGUCCUGCAGGUGAACUCCAAGUAGCUUGGUGCUAAUGGCUGAGGUGAUUCAGGUUAUUGAAAUUCCUCACAAACUGUGAAUUAGGGUUUAGUAGAGACGCUUUUACUUCUUUUUAUCCCUCUCUCUGCUUCCUUCAAUUUUAAUUGCACUUCAAAACAAUUCUGAAAUGUCAGGGUAAUCCAUGCAGAGUGGUUUCUAUUCACAAAACAAUAUUUGGUGGCUCCUUGCACAGCUGCAAUCUCUUCUGUUCCUUCUCCUCCCUCCAACUCACCAAGGUCAAAUAAUCCACCAGUGCUCAUCCUCUGGUUAACUCUUCCAGACUAGUCUGGGCUGCUGGAACUGUUUGAACCCUACACAAGAUUAGAAGGAGAAGAGGAAUUAGUAUUUCACACAGGACAAGCCAAUGCGUGUGCCUGCCCCACACUGACUUUCACAACUCCCUUUCUGAUGUGAUUGCAGAAACAGAGCACAGCUGGAGAUGGCAUGAAUGGUUGUGUCCAGAGAGAGAGAGAAUAAAAACAGUCUCUGCUAAAAUAAUGUUAUGGCUUUGAUUUGUGCAGGUAUUAAAAUGGGAUGUGUCUAAAAUUUUAAAUGGGAGUUUGUCUGUAGUAGCAUGACAGUCAUAAAAUAGUUGGUCAGUUUUCAUUUCAUGUUGCUGUAUAUACACCAUUGGAGCAUUUUGCCAACUUUUUUAGAAAUAUGUAUGUAUCAUGUUUAAGGUGGUAUAAAUCAUGUAACUGUCAAACUGUGUACGCAUCAACACUGACUGGGCUGAGCACUCAGUCAGUUAUUGCAGUCCCUGUUUGAAUGAAUGCAAGCAUCAGCACUGUCCAGCACAGCCGAUUAUGCCUGCAGAAUGAUAACUGCAGGGCUUUUGUAUGAGGAUGUUGCUUUCAUUUGGUGUUUCACUGAAUAAAGUGUAUUUGUGACUAUGGUAAUCAGAGGGGGAUGGGUAGCAUAUCAGCAGGAUGCUGGCAGGUUUGUACUAUUUGGAAUCAAUAGUUGUGUUUCAAUUCAGUGUAAAUCUGCUGUGUAUUGGAUUUGAUGCACUGUAAAGUUCCUUCUGUAUAAACUACCACCACAUUCCUUUUUUUUCUUGCAGUAUUAAGUAUCCAAUUAAAAGUUUCUCAAGA